AUGCUCCGGUGGCGGGGCCGGGCGCGGGGCGUCGCGGUGGCGGUGGCGCACGGGCUGUGCUCGGGCUCGCUGAACAUCCUGCUGAAGUUCCUGCUGGCCCGCUACCACUUCGCCUUCCUGACGCUGCUGCAAUGCCUCAGCAGCGCGGCGGCGGCGCUGGGGCUGGAGGCGCUGCGGCGGCGGGGACUGGCAGCGCUGCCGCCCUUCGGGCCCCGCCUGGCGCGCCCCUUCGCUGCCGUGGCCGCCCUGGCCACCCUGCAGUCCACCCUCACCCUCUGGUCGCUGCGCGGCCUCAGCCUCCCCAUGUACGUCGUCUUCAAGCGCUGCCUGCCCCUCGUCACCCUGGUCACCGGCGCUCUGGUGCUCCGCGACGGCAUGCCCUCGCCUGGCGUCCUCGUCGCCGUCCUCAUCACCACCUGCGGCGCCGCGCUGGCCGGAGCUGGUGACCUGACUGGGGAUGCUAUGGGCUAUGUGACAGGCGUGCUGGCUGUGCUGAUACAUGCUGCCUACCUGGUGCUCAUUCAGAAAACCAGUGUAGAUAGUGAAUAUGGACCCCUGACAGCUCAGUAUGCCAUUGCUGUUUCGGCCACCCCUUUCCUUAUCAUCUGCUCCUUUGCCAGCAUGGAUUCCAUCAACGUCUGGUCCUUCCCGGGGUGGAAGGACCCUGCCAUGGUAUGCAUCUUUAUUGCUUGUGUCCUGAUUAGCUGUGCCAUGAACUUUACCACCCUUCACUGCACUUACAUUAACUCGGCCGUGACCACAAGCUUUGUAGGGGUGGUGAAGAGCAUAGCCACCAUCACGGUAGGCAUGGUGGCAUUCAACGAUGUGGAGCCCACAAAAUUAUUUAUAGCUGGUGUUGUGGUCAACACCUUGGGGUCUGUCAUUUACUGUGUGGCCAAGUACGUUGAGACCAGGCGGCAGAGCAACUAUGAGGACCUGGAGAAAGAAGCUAGAGAAGAGGAGGGGAAAAGGCAGGUUGGAGACCAAGCUCUCUUUGCCAUGGAGACAACUUCCCAGGGGAAGGGGGCUGAGGAAGCAGCGGUGGAAGGAUCAUGCACAGGGCAGAGACAGAGUGGAGAGGAAGAGAAGGACAUUGCUGAGAAAUCAGCCAAGGCACUUGUGGUUCAGGGAAAAUCCACCAUCACACAAGAUGUGAACAGAAGCUCAUUGAAAGAAGCGUAUCUUGGAGUAUGGAGGUUGGUGAGGGGUGCUAAUUAUAUAAAGAAGGAUUAUUUGAUAGAAAAUGAAGAGCUACCAAACCCUUAA